UCUAAGGACCUUGAUGCUGUAGAAUCUCAACGAUUGGAGCGCAUACAAGCUGCCAGGCGCAUCAAGAGAGUCAGAUCAACACAGAGUCGACGCUCAUAUUCUGCAGAUUCUCGCAAUGAGGAGGCCAGUUCCUCCUCCUGCUUGCCAAAUUGUCUUCGAAGCCAAAGACGUCCAGACCGGGACCGAUUGUACAGAUCUAGGCACGAAUCUUCUUGUUCAGACUUCCCUUCCCCAGACUCCAACCCGCCUUCCUACGAUGGCGCCUGCCGAGGUCGCUCUAGACACAACUCUGGGAUAGAAGAAAACACUGCGUUACUUCUGGACGUCACCAGCUCUCACAGAUCGUAA